UGCUAUUCACCAAACGGUCACACAGUUUUUAGGCUUUGUGUUUUUUUCUAGUAAAAAUAUUAUAGAUUGGCAAUAAUUUGCUCAUAAAGCGUAGUUUACAAAGCCAAACCCGUAAAAUGUCCGACAACGAUGAUGAUUUUAUGUGCGACGAUGAUGAGGACUAUGGAUUGGAAUAUUCCGAAGAUAGCAACUCGGAACCGGAUGUGGAUCUGGAGAAUCAGUACUACAACAGCAAGGCUCUGAAGGAGGAGGAGCCCAAAGCGGCGUUGGCCAGUUUCCAAAAGGUGCUCGAUCUGGAAAAUGGCGAAAAAGGAGAGUGGGGCUUCAAGGCGCUGAAGCAGAUGAUCAAGAUCAACUUUAGGCUGUGCAACUACGAUGAAAUGAUGGUGCGCUAUAAGCAGCUACUCACCUACAUCAAGAGUGCCGUCACCAGGAACCAUUCGGAAAAGAGCAUCAAUUCGAUUCUGGACUACAUAUCCACAUCGAAGAAUAUGGCACUGCUCCAAAACUUUUACGAGACCACUCUGGAUGCUUUGCGGGAUGCGAAAAACGAUCGGCUGUGGUUUAAGACCAACACCAAGCUGGGCAAACUCUACUUCGACCGCAGUGACUUUACCAAGCUGCAGAAGAUACUAAAGCAAUUGCAUCAAAGCUGUCAGACGGACGAUGGCGAGGACGAUCUGAAGAAGGGCACUCAGCUCCUGGAAAUCUAUGCCCUGGAGAUUCAGAUGUAUACGGUGCAGAAGAACAACAAGAAACUUAAGGCCCUCUAUGAACAGUCACUCCACAUCAAGUCGGCCAUUCCUCAUCCCCUAAUCAUGGGUGUCAUCCGUGAGUGCGGCGGUAAAAUGCAUCUACGAGAAGGCGAGUUCGAAAAGGCACACACGGACUUCUUUGAGGCGUUCAAGAACUACGAUGAGAGCGGUUCGCCGCGCAGAACCACUUGCCUAAAGUACUUGGUGUUGGCCAACAUGCUGAUGAAAUCGGGCAUAAAUCCCUUUGACUCACAGGAAGCCAAACCGUAUAAAAAUGAUCCGGAAAUCCUUGCUAUGACAAACCUGGUCAAUUCCUAUCAAAACAACGAUAUCAAUGAGUUUGAAACCAUCUUAAGGCAACAUCGCAGCAAUAUCAUGGCCGAUCAGUUUAUACGUGAACACAUCGAAGAUUUGCUGCGUAACAUUCGCACCCAGGUGCUUAUAAAACUUAUCAGGCCCUAUAAGAACAUCGCUAUACCCUUCAUAGCCAAUGCACUGAACAUUGAGCCAGCUGAGGUGGAAAGCCUGCUGGUUUCCUGCAUUCUAGAUGACACAAUCAAGGGACGCAUCGACCAGGUGAAUCAGGUGCUGCAGCUGGACAAGAUCAACAGCAGUGCUUCGCGGUACAAUGCCCUGGAAAAAUGGUCCAACCAAAUCCAAUCGCUGCAGUUCGCUGUGGUCCAGAAAAUGGCCUAAUUGGAGAUGAUUCAUUGGGCGUAGCUUUUAAGGCUGGUGCUUCCUCCUUCCUUUUGCCACAACAGUUGUACACUGACAUCCGCAACCUGUAAAUUCCAAAGGCCACGAGGGAAAAGCAACAGAUCAAUGCCAAACUCGCGCAAACGAAUCCAAUCGCCAGACCAGGUCGAGCCCAGUCCAGGGCGAAGUAGAUGAAGCGAUUUCCGUCGCUGCAAAAGUAAUAUUAAGCUGAAAGUUGGAUAAGAUUGCAUAGCUCUACUUACAUGUCGGUUCCGCCGGCCCAAUAGUAAAUAAGGGAAUGCAUCAAGAAUAUGAGCACCACCGAAAAGGGAUACACAAAGUGCAUAAGACGGUUAGGAUAAGCCACCAUAAAGCAGUCGAAGACCAUGCAGAUCGAGUUGAAUGCAUGGCACCACAAGUUGUAAAGCUCACCUGCCACUUCUGGCAUGGCUAAGAGAGAUUAAAUUGGGUCUUAAUGAAAGUGUAAUAUAGAUUUUAAGAUCUUUGCUUACUUAAUGAUAGAGCUGCCCAGAAGACGGUGGUAAUCAACAUGGAUAGUACCGAAGUGGUGUAGUGUGAGAUCCAGUAAAUUUUCAGAGCACAAUGUCCGGGAGCUGAAAGUGUUAUUAUAGACUGCCCGAUUUAAUACUUUUCUUGCAUACACAACUAAACUAAAACUUAGUCAAAGUAAAAGUGUAUUUAGAUUUGCAGAAUUGAAACUUAUUACAGUCCCAUUACAACGACUAAUACUCACCAAAAUAAGAUUGAUUGAAGUAGUAAAUAGUAGCGAUUACAGCCCCGUAAGUGCAGGUAAAUAGACACAGUGUAAAUCCCCAAUCCGUGAGAUAAAUAAACCAUCGACCGCCAUUGAAAUCCUGCAUCAUGCUGCCAAUGACUCCAGCGGCAAAGAAAGCAGCCAGAAGCCAUCGGUAUAGAACCCAGAUUAAAUUCCGCUCUCCGUUCUGCCAUUGUGAUCGGCAGAAGACACCAGGAUCUUCAUGGUGCAGCGAGAAUUUUGACCGCUGAAACUCCUCCUUUAGGGGCUGGCAGCAGGACUCUGCGUUCGGAUCAGCCAUUAUUCGAUGGACUCGACUGGAUGAGCUAGUUAUAACUUUGGUGGUAAUCUGCAGACUGAUGAAGGAACAGGUGUUCCAUUGGCUUAAUAGCCACAUUUACCGCUCUGAAUAGAGCUAAUCGUGUGGUACUAGGCGUAUGAAUUAUCACGAUCCUUAUCAUCCUGUUAAGAACCUUUUAUGUCUGGUUCGGCAGCAGAACUCGCUAACGAUAAGACCCCCAGCGUGGACAAGAUUGGUCAGAGCGGUUGACUGAAUCGAACUUUGAUUAGAGCAACAUACCAUUAUCUACCAUUAUCAUACCAUCUAGCGCAGUCGCUUUAAAAGCUAUUGGAAUUCGAAAAGUCACUUUCGGAAUUUCCUGGUUUUUUUGAUGGCGCAUAAAACCAUUGCUUAAUUGCUCAUUAUUAGGACUCCAAGUGUCGUAUGAUUUUGGCUCGGUAGUACAACUCUUUGCUAAUAGUAGAUAUCAUUGGAAAUUCUUGAUCAGAGUCCACGAUAAACCCGAUCGGUUCAUACCAUAUUCCAUAUUCCCAGCAGCGAAUCACGGAAACCCUAUCAGUAGUUGUUGUUAAGAUAGAGAAUAAAAGUUCGAUUCUAGCACUUGAAAAACCCACUAUCGACCUGUCUGCCAAAUCGUUUUCAGAU